UUGAGUGGCUACGUUCAUCUGUCAUCUGCAAAAUAUCAAAAUACGCGUCGAGCAGCAUCGAUGCUAAAAUUCUACAGACCAACGAUAUCUGACGAAAAAAUGAGCACCCAAAAUCGAAAAACCCCGUUAAAAGCCGUCAAACGGGAGGUACGUGUCAAGCGAUCGGACGUCCGCCAGUGCCGACUCUGCCUACGUGUUGUCCCGCGGGAAUUGGUUCGCUGUACCCGCUCUGGGAUAGAUUUCCGACGUAAAGUAUUUGAUGCCGUUUCGGUUAAGAUCACCGCUUUUGACCGAACAACCGCGGUUUGCAUCAACUGCCUCCGGCUGGUGGACAUGAUCUACAGCUUCCGGAAGGCGUGCCGGAAGACGGAUUUGAUACAAACCAACACAUCGUUGAUGCUGCACGAAGGUAACUGGACCGGUGAAGAGAACCAGGAAGCACUAGAGAACUGUCAGGAAUUGGUUAGACGGAAUCGGUCGGAAAUUGAUCAGCUGUUCGAGUAUUCCGGUUUGACAAGUGGACAACCACACGAAGAAAUUGUUAAAACAACGGAGGAUGUCGUGUUGGAGUCGAUCGAAGAACCGAACAUGCAAGCUGACGAAAUCACCGACAGCGAACCGGAAAUGAGUUUGGAGUGUGCGACGCAAUUUGAUACUGUCGUGGAGAAGAAAAAAAGGGACUACGUCCCAGGACAUAAGUACAUCUGCGAAAUAUGCGGGCAGCUGGUAGAUAAAAACGAAAGCGAAUAUCAUCAUAACAAACACUUGAACUUCAAGCCGUAUAUUUGUCCUGAAGAAGGAUGUGAAACUACGUUCUAUUCGGAGCGAUCAAAGGACCGGCACGUGAAGACGGUGCAUUUGGAUCAGGGCGAAAGGUUCGAAUGCCCUAUAUGCCAGAGAAUGAUCAAAGGGAAAGUCCAUUUAGAGCAGCAUAUAACGGUACACGGAGAAAAUAACAAGCGAAAGGUGCCUUGUCCGAUAUGCGGGAAGAAAUUCUAUUCGUCAUAUUUGAAGGAUCACCAGUCCGUUCAUAGUGGAGCGAUGAAUUAUAGCUGCGAAAAAUGCGGACGAAGGUACAACGCCAAAACUAAUUGUACGACGCAUCAGAAAAAAUGUCGCGCGAAGCCUAUGAAGGUCGAGUCGGAUGAGGAUAUUAUAUACAAUUGA